GACCUCAGCCAGGCCUGCGGGUGGAGUGGGGAGUGGGAGAUAGGCUCGGGGGUUCUGGAGAGCUCCCCCGCCCCCGUUAGGCCUCCAUCCUGACGGAAGGGGAGGAAGCUCCCUGCAGGAGAGGAUGGUCUACUAUGGGCCCACGGGGCUGGGGGACGCAGAGGUCCCUGAAGCGGCGCCGCGGGCCGCCCCCGGCCCUGGCUCCCUGGGAAGAUGGUCCAUCCCUCCCCUCUUCCCCUAGCUCUAAACAUUAGAGAACUCCCUCCCCGCCCUCCGGGCCGCCCCAUCGCCUGCAGCUCCCGCCCCCAGGGGUGGGGCCUGUGCACUGUCACGGGCCCCGCUGCGGGGCUCUAGGCCUCUUCAUCCCCCGGUGUCUGCAGAAGCUGCUCACCCAGCGGAGGGCCGGCCCGGAGAGCUGCUGGAGUUCGCGUUGCGUCCUCCUUUCUUUCCCGGGGUGACCCAGGUUCUCAGCCCUGAGUAAACUUUACAAAGGAAGAGAGAAGUUAUCUCCGCUCUCUUGGUGGCUUCUGCCUCUUCCCCCAUCUCCAACUCCAACUGGUUAUUCCUGGUUUUUGUUAUGCCGCCGCUCACGCCGGAAAGGAGUGGAAGUUUUCUCCUUUGUUGAUUGAGCAUGCGUGAAAAUCCGAGAAGGUCUUCAGUCUGUUGAGCCUUUAUGAAUAAAAAUUUCACAGCAUAACAUUAUUCCUAACUCUGUGUAGUAGUUCAAGUACAAUGAUGCUAUAGACAGCAGCAAACUGGGAAAGAAAAAAGGAUUUACUACUGAAGGAUGAAUAGUGAAGAAGAAUUCUUUGAUGCCGUUACAGCUUCCAGUUUCUUCAUGGAGAAAUCACUUAUGAUGGAGAAUGGUUGCAGAGCAAUGCCUGAAUGCUUUGAUUCUGACAAUUCAUCUGGGGAGUUUUCAGAGGCAAAUCAGAAAGUCACAGGAAUGAUUGACUUGGACACUAGCAAAAGUAAUAGAACUGGAAAAAAUGGAGAGAGGCCUCCACAAGAGAAUGGAAUCAAGAAACACAGGACAUCAUUGCCUGCCCCAAUGUUUACUAGAAGUGAUUUCAGUGUGUGGAGUAUAUUAAAAAAGUGCAUUGGCUUGGAACUGUCAAAAAUCACAAUGCCUAUUGUCUUCAAUGAGCCAUUGAGUUUCCUCCAGCGGAUUACUGAAUACAUGGAACAUAUAUACCUCAUUCAUAAAGCUUCUUCGCAAACACAUCCCUUGGAAAGAAUGAAGGCUGUAGCUGCUUUUGCAGUUUCGGCUGUGGCUUCUCAGUGGGAAAGGACUGGUAAACCAUUUAAUCCACUACUGGGGGAAACAUAUGAAUUAAUCAGGGAUGAUUUAGGAUUCAGAUUUAUAUCUGAACAGGUCAGUCACCAUCCUCCCAUUAGUGCAUUUUAUUCAGAAGGUCUCAAUCAGGACUUUAUCUUUCAUGGCUCAAUCUACCCCAAAUUGAAGUUCUGGGGGAAAAGUGUAGAAGCAGAGCCCCGAGGAACAAUUACACUGGAGCUUCUCAAACAUAAUGAAGCCUACACGUGGACAAAUCCUACCUGCUGUGUACAUAAUAUAAUUAUUGGCAAAUUGUGGAUAGAACAGUAUGGAACAGUUGAAAUUUUAAAUCACAGAACUGGAGAUAAGUGUGUACUUAAUUUUAAACCAUGUGGACUAUUUGGGAAAGAACUUCAUAAAAUAGAAGGAUACAUUCAGGACAAAAGCAAAAAGAAGCUCUUUAUGAUAUAUGGCAAAUGGACAGAAUGUUUAUGGGGUAUAGAUCUUGUUUCCUAUGAGUCCUACAAAAAGCAUGAAAGGAAAGGUGACCACCAGAAAAAAGCAAAACAGGAGGAUGAGACUGAAAAAUCUGAGAGUGAUGUGGCUGAUGAUGUACCUGAGAUCCAAGAUACAGUACAUGUCAUACCUGGCAGUGAGCUUCUUUGGAGGAUAAACACUAGGCCUCCAAAUUCUUCUCAGAUGUAUAAUUUUACCAGUUUUACUGUGAGCCUCAAUGAACUAGAAAAGGGUAUGGAAAAGAUUUUAGCUCCUACAGAUUGCCGCCUUCGUCCAGAUAUCAGAGGCAUGGAAAAUGGUAACAUGGAUUUAGCCAGUCAAGAGAAAGAAAGACUAGAAGAAAAGCAAAGAGAAGCUCGGAAAGAGCGUGCCAAAGAAGAGGAAGAAUGGCACACAAGGUGGUUUUAUCAAGGCGUUAACCCAUAUACUGGAACUUCUGACUGGUUAUAUUCGGGUGGAUACUUUGACAGAAAUUUCUCAGACUGCCCAGAUAUAUACUGAACUCAUUGGAACAGAUUCUUCAAGACAUGGGGACAUGGAGAAGUCACACCCCACUUCAAGCCAGCUCCUCUGGUUUUGUUAAUAGCAGAAACCAGCUUUUAUAACAGCAAUUUUAAUGGAAAUAGCAUCAUUCACUGAUCAAGGAUUUAAUUCUCAUUAAUUUUUGAUUGCCAAAAAUUUAAUUGCUAUUGUGUUCUCUUCAUAAAGCUGCACUUGAAAUCAUCAAGUUUUCACUAAGUUUUAAAAAGGAAAAUUCUUUGUGAUUCCCUUUUAUGUGACAGAAAUUGACUGUGGCUGGUUUUAGUUUACAAGCACCCUCUUAACUCUUGACAGCAUUUAAAGAAGUAACAGGAAGACAGACAUCCAUGAUUCUACUUGUAGUGAAGCAAAAGGGUUUCUUCAAGUAUUCAGAAGUCAAAUGAGUGACAAUACAUAAGUAUGAGAGGGGAAGAGAUGGAAACUAUCCCCAGAGGUGUAAAGGACAGAAGUAAACAACUACACAUAAAAUGAUGGUGAUCCAGAGGCGAAUAUACAGAAACACAGAAUGUCAGACUCUAUUGAAUAAAAAGCUACCAAAUUACAUAUUUUAUCAUUUGGGGGGUACUGUAAGCAUUAUUUAAUAAAUACUAAUGAAAAAAAACUAAAUUAGCAUUUUGGUCACAAAGUAUGCAUUAAUCUAUAUCUAUGUACUAUCCAAAGUAAAAUAUUAUCAUUACUAUAUAGAAUGAUUUAAAAUAUUGGCAGAAACAUGGAAGAAGAACACCCAGGGCUGCUUUUAGCCGUGUAUGAAAAAGUCAAGCCUUUAGAGUUUGGUACUAUUUAUACUCUAGAUUGACUUUUCAUUCUGGAAAAAGCCUUUGCCUCUAGUGUCCAGUCAGUUUAGAAAGCACUUUGUAUGUAUUCAUAGAAUCAUUGUGUUUUUUCCCCUUAAUAUGCAUGUUCUAAAACAUUACCGAAUCACAUCUGAUUGUUUGAGGGCAGGGGGGUAGGGAGGGCAGAAUUUAAAAUGGUGUAACUAGAAUUAUUUAAGAAAUAAUAAGUAUACUAUCUGUCUAAGCACAUGUGGUCAUCAAAGUGACUUAUUUUUCUUUGUGUAGAAAUGUCAAAGCCAUAUAACGUCAGAGCUAUUUGAAUUGCAGAUCAAUUUAUUGUAUGUGUAUAUAUAUGUAUAUACACAUAUACAUAUAUACAUAACAUUAUUGAGUUAGGUUAUAGUCAUACAUUUCCGAAGGAAAGAGAUUAUAGUUUUGUGUUUGGCUUGAAUAUUAUGUUUGUAAUUAAAACACUUUUUAAAGCCAAGACUUGUUUUGAAAGCUUUUAAUUUGGUAACCAUUAGAAAACAGGAAAGCAGCUGUGUUAUUGCUAAGUCUAUAGUCACUCAAGAUGGCUGCUGUUCUCUGUACCCACAACUUUACAUAUUCUUAAAAUGAGCUUGAGGGUUGAUUUCUAAAAGCAUUUGAGGACUCAUGUGCAUGAUAUUUUUCACAGAAGAUUUUGAAGUAUCUGCCAAUGCACAAAGUAAAGAAAGCAGAGGGAUAUUGUGUGUGUGUGUGUGUGUGUGUAUGUGUGUAAAGCUAGACACUUCAGGUGAGGAAAAUUAGGAGUCCUGGUAGAGUCAUUGUCUAAGCAUGCAGGUAAGUUAUAAAAAUGAAAGACCUAAAAGUUAUAUCCCCAAAGUACAUUCACUGUAUUUUGGGUAUGGUGACCAACAUUUUAUUUUUCUUGUGGUUUUGAAGGAAGAGGCAGCUUGGCAUAGAAAGAAAGCUAGUAUCAACACCCCAAAGCCCUGGAUCCAAAGGCUGCCACAUAAUUGGUUUUGAUUCUGGGCAAGUCACUUAACCUCUCAGUGCUCUAGGCAACUCUAAAGUUACAAGUUAGAGUUUCUUCACCUGGCAGUUCCCUAUAUCGGUUAAAAUCACAGGUCCAGUAGAGUCCUUAUCACAGUCCCUAUCCCUAAUAAAAGUGUGUUUUUGUUAGGUAGUCAACCCUGUCAGAAAUGAUUUGGUAUUUGGAGGGCUUAGAGAAACAUAAGAUAAUGUAGCCCUGCUAAAAUAACUUGUCUGUACUUUCUUUUAAAAUAAGAAUAAGCUUAAUAGCAAAGGAAAUAAUGUUUUAAUCAUUUUUAUAUUUCAUGUUUAAUUUUCCUUUUUUUCAUAUCCAUGCCUCUAAAACACUUAAUAUGGGAAAGUAGUGACACUUAUCAUGACAAUAUGAUAAAUCUAUCAUUCUUGUAAAACAUUAGGAUAAAGUGAAAUGUUCUUUAUUAGAAUUUUAAUGAUAGUUUCUUUUAAAAUAUGAUCAUGCUUUCUAAUAUGACUUUUGGCUGAUGCAGAAAUUGUAUAGUUGUAUUUUUAAUAUUGACCUAUGUUUAGUAGACAUUUAAAAAAUCCCCUAAAUUUCAUUAUUUUGCAAAAUAUUUAAAUGAUUUAGUCAAAACAACUGCAUUAGAUCGUUUAAAAUAUCUUUAGAGUAGAACUACAUCCCUUACCUGAGCCUACAUCCCCUGAGCCAUUUGUCCCAACUGAAACUAAAUUCAGGUCACAUUGUUUUUCUCUAGGCAUAAUUACUGUAUGCUUUUGUGUAAAGUGCAAAUUAAUUUUAACCAUUUAAUAUUUUAUAGAUUUGACAAGAAUCUGUCUAAUGUCUAGGAAGAGUGGGCAAAUUUUUCUUUUGUUUUAUUUGAAUUUAAUAUUGUUUACAUUAUAGUGGCCAAUACAGUAUUUGUAUGGGGUAGCCUGAUGGUGCCUUCCUAAUUGAUAGCUCCCUAAAGAGCUAAAGCCAAGGACACAGUUAGGUCCUUAAGAAUAAGCAACACUUAUACCUUAGGAGUACUUGCCUCAGUUCAGAGAGAUAAAUUGAAGGAGAAAUCAUGGAAGUUUGCACUCCCAUCUCCAGUUUGUCUGGCUGCCACAGAAACACCUCCAGAAUACUUCAUACCUCUAUAAAAGGCCUGGAAGUGAAACAAUGUGAUUUUGGGAAAGGGUGCCAAAAUAUACUUUGAAGUUCUUAAGACUUUAAACGUAGACUGAUUAUAAAUCUGCGAUAGUUCCCUGACAGAAAUAGAAAAAAGCAAACAGGAAAUAGAUGGCACUAAGGAUGCCUUUAGUUAUUUGCACUUGGCAGGAAUACUUGGAAGAUGAACAUCCCCUUUUCCUUGCACAUGAUUUUCCCUUUGCGUGUUCAGAGUCAUAAUUUUUCCUAAAAUAAUCCAUCUGAUGCAGUGAAAAUGAAUUCCAAAUGUCAGGAUGAUUUUUAGUUAAGAAUGUAAUGUAGAAAAGCAUUCUGGGAAGCCUCUGGUUCACCAUCAUGCCCCUUGAAACCAUUCAGCAAACGUCUGAUAAUAUGUGAAAAUUAUUGGAAUAACCCUUCUGUGACCAACAAGAACUAUUGAGCUAUGGUGCAGGGGAUGCUUGCUGGGCUAAGUUGCUGUCUUAAUGCCUACUAGGUUUAAGUAAGUAAUAAAAUGUGAAACACAAUAAAACCAAUAGAAAAAAAAAUGACCUGCUCAAACUUUUUUGUCAAAUGCUUAAGAGGUGGUUGGUAUAGUGAAAAGAACCCUAGAAUUAAGAGUCAGAAGACCUAGGUUUACUUUUCAGUAGUAUUUUAUUUUUCCAAAUACAUGUAAAGAUAUUAAAUCUUCAAUGUUUUUGUAAGACUGUGUUCCAGUUUUUCUCUCUUCCUCUCUCACACCUCUCCUCUCUCUAAGACGGCAAGUAAUCUAAUAAAGGUUAAAUAUGUGCAAUCCUUUUAAACAUUUCCAUAAUUAAGACCUAGGGUUAAGUCCUGCCCCUGCCACUAAUGUGCUUUGUGACUUUGGCCAAAUUACUUGUCCUUUCUGGGCCUCAAGUUUCUCCAUCCAAAGUCCUUGCCAGUUCUAAAUCUUAUGAUCCUAUAAUUUUGGAGUCUUCUUUGGGAAGGAGCUGGAAAUGAAGGUCAUGUUUUAAGUUAGAAGUUUUAAAUUGGUGAAAGCUUUCCAAGGUUAAAAAUAUCUUUGUUACUUCUAAUCUUGGGUGCUAAGUUUUCUAUUUUAGGAUUUAGAAAGUGGAUUGUGAAGCAGUGUGUCAAUAGAAAAGAAAAAGUCAUCAAUGGCAAAAUCUUUCUUUGGAACAGCCUGAUUUUCUUAAGUCUUAAAUCUUGGGAUUUUUUUUUUAAUCUUUCAAAGAUCGUUUCUAUAAUCUGAAUGGUUACAAAAGACUUUGGAUCACCAGUAUAUAGCUUGCUGGUAGUUAACACGUGAUAACGUCAUUUGUAAUUAUAGGCACAGCACACUAACUCUUUUCUGACAUUACCUAACUUUGUUUUUAUUUUCUACAUAACUUGCUGUCAAUUUUUUCCAACAUGAAAGCACCACUCUUUUUUCAUCCCUUGGUAUGAAAGGCUAGAGAAAAUAUGUAAUUUGGUAAAUUGUUACUUCUCUUUUUGAAAAAAAAAAAAAAAGUAAAACCAUGUUUCUUGAGGCAAUGUUAUACUAGAGCAAUACUUAAUUCUCUGUAAAGUGAGUGGAUAGAACACAGACAAGAGAUUUAGGUCUGUUUUUAUAGCAUGUGGAAAAAAUGCUUUUGCUUCUAUCCAGAAUGCCAGCACACAUCCUGAGUUACACUCUUAUGGAGCCGCUUUUUUUGCCUUACAUAAUUGCUGUGCUUGGUUGAUUCAAACACUGUGUUCAUUUUAUCAAUGUUGCAUGAAAAUGUCAGACUAUGAAAAUGCUUUAGUGAAAUGGAUUUAUUUUUAUAAUAUUUAAUAACUGUCAAUACCCAUCUAUAUUAACAAAAUCAGUCAUACUUUAGCUUUUUUGGAGGAGUAUGUACAGGUUUGUGGAGAUGAAUGUUAAAACCAUAGAUCUGAAUAAAGGUCCUUUUGAAGAAGA